AUGUUGCUUUCAUUCUCGUGCUUUCAGCUUCUUGAUUCAUCGUUCUCUCUCGCCAUGGCGUCCUUAUCUCCCGCGGAGGACUCGCCUGAGGCCGUCCCGGAAAAGCCUCCCGAUCGUAGGGUUAGCGGCCUAGACUUCCUUCGAUCAAGCGUAGCUCCAGUCACUCCAGAACCUUUAGUUACCGCUGCUGUUGUUAAUACCGAGGAGUUACCGUCGUCCAGCAAGAAUCCGCAACCGGCCCCCAAUCCCGCGCCUGCUCCAGCGCCGUUCACUCUCCCUCCUGCCAUCGCGUCGUCUAGCAAGGGGCCGCAACCUCCUCCCAAUCCCGCGCCACCACCAGCGCCGUUCACUCUCCCUCCCGCCAUCCCGUCGUCCAGUAAAGCGCCUCCCUCUUCUGUUGGUAGCAGCGGCUGCAACGAUGCCGCUCCCGCGUCCGAGGGUCGCACAGCUAAGAAGGCGCGCACUGUCGUACUCCGCGGGAAGUUUCAGCAGAGCACGUUGACCUUCGGCGGUGUGCGCGUGGCACCACCAAGCGCUCCAGAAGACUCCGAGCCCGAACCAGAGGAACCAGAGGAGAUACCUGUACGUGCGGACACCAACUCUCCCGUCCUGUCCAAGGCUGAGGUAAUGGAGCAGAAGUACAUAGAGGCGAGUGUUAAGUAUAAAACCCAGUGGUUGCCCAAAUUCCCGUGGCUGCUUUUGGUUCGCGCUAAAGACGGUGGUCCCAGUGUGAAGUGCAGCCUGUGUCUCUCGUUCGGCAAGGAGACAACCAAGUACUCAGGUCCAGGCGACGGCGGGCAAGACCUGCAGACGCAGACGAUGCGCAUCCACGAGCACACGACGGUCCACAAGGAGGCGAUGCAGCGUCAGGCAGAGAUUGCGGAGGCGAUUUCGAACGGCCAGACGAAAAUUGAUCGUUUCAUCAACGCGGACCUUGAGGGUAGGCGGGCGAUUCGGCUGAUGAGGUCGGUGCAGUUUCUCUGCCAGGAGGACGCGCCCAUCAGCAUGUUCCCGAAGCUCAUGAGGCAUCUCGCUGAACAGGACACCCCCGACAUACCGAAGCAGGCCUACGGGGUGUACCUCACGAGCGUGCGCUGGCUGUCCCGGGGCGACGCGGUAAAGCGUCUGUGCAAGGUGCUGGGCGCGGCGAUUGUGCUCUUCCACGAGAAGGAGCACAACUUGUACGAGAUGGUGACAUCGUACAAGUUUCAGUUCUGCCUCUUCUUCCUCGCUGACAUCCUCGGCGACCUGAAUGAUCUCAACCAUUCGUUUCAGAAGCGGCAGGUCGACGUUACUGAGGUGUCAAAGACCGUGGAGUCCAUCACUGGCGACCUCGAGCACAGGUACCUGGACAAGAAGGCGGACUUCGGUGGUUCCGGCAACGGAUGGCUGCCGAAAUUCCUGGCGCUGUAUGGCAAGAAGUCGGGUCAGACGGUCCGAGUGCGUGGCUCGGAUUCGGAGGGCCGCCCUGUGAACCACUCGUACAAGAGCGGCUACAAGGCGUGCGUGAAGCUGUGUCGUAAGUUCGCGACGGACGUCGUCGAUCGUCUCCUGUUUCGCCUGGACGACCUGCGGGGGAUGGGUCCAACGAAGCUGUUUCGCGCGUCUCAGUGGCCCAAGAGCAAGCACGCACGAGACCGCAAGUGCCAGGACUGGCUGACUGGCUGCGCCGCUCUGUUCAAGAACAAGCUGCCGGGGUUUGAUCACAAGAAAGCGUCGCAGGAGCUGGCAACCUGGUGCCCAAUCAUGGAGUCUCACCACGAGGACGAGUCAUUCGCGCAAGGACUCGCGAACUUCAUGGGGAGCGGCGACGCCAAGAGCCUCAAGAAGAGGCGCCCUGCGCAGAGCGUUCUGUUCCCAUCUGACGAUCGCAAGCGAAAGGAGAAGGAACCGGAGGAGGAAGAGGAGGAACCCAGGGAGCCGGCGAGCGAGGAGGAGCUCGCGGAGUCAGACGAUGAUCGUGACGACAACCUGGAGAUGGAUCAGGAGAUAGAGCAGUCACCGCCCCGAGAUUACUCAGAGGAAGAUGUUAACCCGUUCCUCUCGGAUGGCGAGGAGGGGGAGGAGAUGUAUGACAUAGAUCAGCCGACAGAGUAG